CUUUUUUGGGUUUCCGGCCAGAGGCAUGCUGGGAGCGUCACAUGCAAAUUGAGCGUGCACCCAGCGUUCCGCCCUUUCUACGUUGGGCCGGUUAUCGACCUGGCCCAGUGCGCAGGCGCGGGAAAGUUGAACUAAUAAAGUUUGUACGAGUUGAGUGGAGAAGACCGCAAGUUGAGUGGAGGAGGCGGCGGUGGGGCCCCGGACCAGGUGCCUCCAUGGCAGGCUCUGAAGAGCUGGGGCUCCGGGAAGACACGCUGAGGGUCCUAGCUGCCUUCCUUAGGCGUGGUGAGGCUGCCGGGUCUCCUGUUCCAACUCCACCUAGCCCUGCCCAAGAAGAGCCAACAGACUUCCUGAGCCGCCUUCGAAGAUGUCUUCCCUGCUCCCUGGGGCGAGGAGCAGCCCCCUCUGAGUCCCCUCGGCCUUGCUCUCUGCCCAUCCGCCCCUGCUAUGGUUCAGAGCCUGGCCCAGCUACUCCAGACUUCUAUGCUUUGGUGGCCCAGCGGCUGGAACAGCUGGUCCAAGAGCAGCUGAAAUCUCCGCCCAGCCCAGAAUUACAGGGUCCCCCAUCCACAGAGAAGGAAGCCAUACUGCAGAGGCUGGUGGCCCUGCUGGAGGAGGAGGCAGAAGUCAUUAACCAGAAGCUGGCCUCGGACCCCGCCCUGCGCAGCAAGCUGGUCCGCCUGUCCUCCGGCUCUUUCGCCCGCCUGGUGGAGCUGUUCUGUAGCCGGGAGGACAGCUCUCGCCCAAGCCGAGCAUGCCCCGGGCCCCCGCCUCCUUCCCCGGAGCCCCUGGCCCGCCUGGCCCUAGCCAUGGAGCUGAGCCGGCGCGUGGCCGGGCUGGGGGGCACCCUGGCCGGACUCAGCGUGGAGCACGUGCACAGCUUCACGCCCUGGAUCCAGGCCCACGGGGGCUGGGAGGGCAUCCUGGCUGUUUCACCCGUGGACUUGAACUUGCCAUUGGACUGAGCUCUUUCUCAGAAGCUGCUACAAGAUGACACCUCAUGUCCCUGCCCUUUUCGUGUGCUUUUCCAAGUCUUCCUAUUCCACUCAGGGCUGUAGGGUGGUGGUUGCCCUACCUGUUUUUGCCAAAAAUAAAUUGUUUAAAACUUUUCUUAUUAAAAAUGUUACAAAGUA